AUGUCAUCCUUAACUUAUGUCAAUGAAGCGGGUGCUGGCCAGAAGCACAGCGACCUUUGCCAUUACUCUCAAGCCGUUCUCCUUCCCGGGAACAUUGUUAAAUGCGCUGGACAGGGCGGUUGGACUAACUCGGGGGACCUCGAUGACAGCGAUGUCAAGAAGCAGGUUGACCUAGCUUUCGAGAAUGUCGAUCGGGUCCUCCAGGCUGCUGGCUUGAAAGGGUGGGAAGAUGUCUAUCUCGUUCGCUCUUACCACGUUGAUAUGGAAAGUUCUUAUGAUUACGUUGUCGAGAAGCUUAAGAAGCGUAUCCCUGCACAUCGGCCUGUUUGGACGGCUAUUUCCGUUCCUCGCCUAGCCUUUUCGGAGAUGUUGAUCGAAAUCGAGGUCGAGGCGUUCAAUCGUCAAUCCUAG